CCAAAGGAAAGGAGAGGGACUUGCACUUGGAGGUGGUGGAGGGCCCUAUACAAACUCUACUUGAGCCUCAGAACGAUGACCAUUUAAUUACUAAAUUAUGGUCCUGAAUUUGGCAAACCUUUCAAGGCACAGGAGAUGUGUUGAGCCCCACUGAGUGUAUGAAUGACUAUGAUUUCCUUGUCCUCAUCUUUCCCAUCAUUACAUUUGUGAAAAAGACACUUCAGAAUAUUGAACCCUCUGCUUCUGUGCUGACAGUUUACCAAAUGGCUGAAAAGAGAAGAGAACAUUUUAUUAUUUUUUUAAAAAUCUGAGGUGGUUAACUGUUCACAGCUAGUCGGUCUGUUCUUUUCGGUCACAGGCAUAUGACUGCUUGUAUCGGAGAUGUUAUACUUUGGGCGUUACGGAAUUGGAAUUUCCUUUCAGUUCAGGACCCCUUUGUGACGGUGAUUUCAUCAGAUGGAAAAAUCAGAUUGUCGGCAAGAAUACGAAGAGGGAGCCAGCCUGGAUCAUUUGUUGGCAGUACAUAUUGGCUGAAGUCAGUUUUCAUUUCAAGAUGUUUUCUUCCAAUGGGCUUUUGCUGUAGGAUGUUGGAAAACCAAGAGCAGGAGACCAACAGCAAGGCCUUUACCGCCAAGACGUCCUGUGUGCGUCGCCGCUACCGUGAGUUUGUGUGGCUGAGAAAGCAGCUACAGAGAAAUGCUGGUUUAGUCCCUGUACCUGAACUUCCUGGGAAGUCAACCUUCUUUGGCAGCUCAGAUGAGUUCAUUGAGAAGCGCCGGCAAGGUCUGCAGCACUUCCUGGAAAAGGUCCUGCAGAGUGUGGUCCUCCUGUCAGACAGCCAGUUACACCUCUUCCUGCAAAGCCAGCUCUCGGUGCCUGAGAUCGAAGCCUGUGUCCAGGGCCGAAGCCCCAUGACGGUUUCUGAUGCCAUUCUUCACUAUGCUAUGUCAAACUGUGGCUGGGUCCAGGAGGAGAGGCGGGGUUCUUCUCACCUGGCUAAAGGAGACCAGCCUAAGAGUUGCUGCUUUCUUCCACGAUCGGGCAGGAGGAGCUCUCCCUCACCACCUCCCAGGGAAGAAAAGGACCAUUUCGAGGUGUGGGCUCCCGUUGUUGACUCUGAAGCUCCUUCCUUGGAAAGCCCCCCUCUGCCACCCUCCCCCUCGCCAUCAUGCUGUGAUUUUACAAGACCCGAUGAGGGGACAUCUGCUCCUCAGCCAGUGAGGAGGGCCAUGGCAGGGGACCAUGCUGUGCCUUUGGACCCUGGGCCGUUAGAAACGGUUGUGGAGAAAUGAGCUCUGGUCUGAGCCCUGGGUUCUGCUCCAAGGCGGCAAGGGGACUUGCUGGGGUGGGAUCGGGCACAGGGUAGGCGUGGGCAGUUGGGCCACUUAGUGUCUUACGGUUGCCUCUGCUCAGGUUGGUUGCACAGAGGCGGGUCGCAAUAGCUCCUCAGGCUUCCUCCGCAGGAUUAAACACUGUACAGUUGUAAGGUAGGCGUAAGGCCCACGGGCUGUUGGUUUUGCAAGGAAACACUGGGCGGGGGGGUGGUAUAUUUACUCCCCUGGGAGCUGAGUUUCUUUAGAUGUUUGUUAAUGGACCCCAGAGCAUUGCCUCAGGUGACUGGUUUUGGGGACCUGGAAGUGGCAGAUUUUAAGCUGUCCUAUUGAAUACUGACCCAACAGAAACACUUGCGUAGUUGUAUUCCCGGGGGCUGUGUUUUUGCUGUGGCCCUUGGAGCACUUUGUUUCUGGGAGGCUGGCCUCUUGCCUGCCUCCUUUGGUGGACCAGGGGGUGAAUGUUGAUUCUCCCACCCCCUCGCUUGCCUUCCUUCACUAAUCCCACGGAACGGAACAGUGCUGUGACUCCUCUGUCGCCGGGGUUUCCCGCAUAUCCUGAGACCUCUGUCUCACCGCGUGGGGCCUGAGAUUCAUGAAAUAGCUCAUGGCCAUCUGCGGAAGAGAAGCGGUCGGUCACAGCCCGAGGAAAGGCAACGGCUCGGGGUUUUGUUUUAGAAAAGGCUGUCCUGGGUCCUGCGCUGUCGCUCUCUUUUCCGGUUACAAAGCAGAGAUGUGACUGUGUUUUCUGCACGGUUAGCGUGGGCUCCUUUCUUUUUUGAAUCCUUCUCUUCUCCCUGAGUAAUAGCCUCCUGCCCCCGGGGCUUCAGCUACCACAGUGUCCCUCUGCUGUGUUGCUGUGUUGCAGGGAGGCCGUAUGUUCAGUCCAAUGGGGCGCAAGGGCUUUGUCUGUGCCUGGAGAGAGGGCUCUGGGGAUGGAGGUGAGGAACGACACGCCUUCACACAAUGAGGCGUUCUGCCCUCCUGCUGCCAUAAUUCCUCUCCGUGGAGAGCCGAGCGGGUAGGAGCCGAGUGCCGCUGGCGGUGUGCAUUGCGUGGCGCUUAGGUGUGGGUGUGGGUGUGGGUGUGCGGUUCUCCUCUCGCCCACCCCCCCCUCCUCUGGCCACCGCGCCCUGUCUGCGGGCUCCUUUAACACCAGCCUGUGCUGUGGGACUGUCAUGGCAUUUAGUUCAGAGUUGAGGGGCUUUGGCCUGAAAUAAAAUUCCAAGUAUUUAA